GCGGCAGAGCACGGCAGGCAGGCAGGCAGGCAGUCCCCGCACCAGCACAGCGAUCCAACCCAAACCCAGAGCAGCAACCCUGUGCCGGCCGGCAAUCGCAGUCUCUGUCUGGGUCCUCGUCUCCCCCCCAACCCUCCCGUCCCGUCUCGCUCCCAAAUCCUUCCACGUACCCCGGCGGCCGGCAGUAGGGAGGCCUAGGAGAGAAGGGAGAACAAGAUGGUCGGACUCCUCCCGGAGACCAAUGCCGCGGCGGAGACCGACGUCCUCCUCGACGCCUGGGACUUCAAGGGCCGCCCCGCCCCGCGCGCCACCACCGGCCGCUGGGGCGCCGCCGCCAUGAUCCUAGUGGCGGAGCUGAACGAGCGGCUGACGACGCUGGGCAUCGCCGUGAACCUGGUGACGUACCUGACGGGGACCAUGCACCUGGGCAACGCCGAGUCCGCCAACGUCGUCACCAACUUCAUGGGCACCUCCUUCAUGCUCUGCCUCCUCGGCGGCUUCGUCGCCGACUCCUUCCUCGGACGCUACCUCACCAUCGCCAUCUUCACCGCCAUCCAGGCAUCGGGCGUGACGAUCCUGACGAUCUCGACGGCGGCGCCGGGUCUACGUCCGGCGGCGUGCUCCGCCAACGCCGGCGACGGGGAGUGCGCGCGCGCGUCGGGCGCGCAGCUGGGCGUGAUGUACCUGGCCCUGUACCUGACGGCGCUGGGCACGGGGGGGCUCAAGUCCAGCGUCUCCGGCUUCGGCUCCGACCAGUUCGACGAGUCGGACCGGGGCGAGAAGCACCAGAUGAUGCGCUUCUUCAACUGGUUCUUCUUCUUCAUCUCGCUGGGGUCUCUGCUGGCCGUCACCGUGCUGGUCUACGUCCAGGACAACCUGGGCCGGCGCUGGGGGUACGGCGCCUGCGCCUGCGCCAUCGCCGCCGGGCUCGUCAUCUUCCUCGCCGGCACGCGCAGGUACCGGUUCAAGAAGCUGGUGGGGAGCCCGCUCACGCAGAUCGCCGCGGUGGUGGUGGCGGCGUGGCGGAAGAGACGGCUCCCGCUACCCGCUGACCCUGCCAUGCUCUAUGACAUCGACGUCGGCAAGGCCGCCGCCGUGGAGGAAGGCUCCGGCAAGAAGAGCAAGCGCAAGGAGCGCCUCCCCCACACCGACCAGUUCCGCUUCCUGGACCACGCUGCCAUCAACGAGGAGCCGGCGGCGCAGCCGAGCAAGUGGCGGCUGUCGACGCUGACGGACGUGGAGGAGGUGAAGACGGUGGUGCGGAUGCUGCCCAUCUGGGCGACCACCAUCAUGUUCUGGACGGUGUACGCGCAGAUGACCACCUUCUCGGUGUCGCAGGCCACCACCAUGGACCGCCACAUCGGCUCCUCCUUCCAGAUCCCGGCGGGCUCCCUCACCGUCUUCUUCGUCGGCUCCAUCCUGCUCACCGUGCCCGUCUACGACCGGAUCGUGGUGCCCGUGGCGCGCCGCGUGAGCGGCAACCCGCACGGCCUGACCCCGCUGCAGCGGAUCGGCGUCGGCCUCGCGCUCUCGGUCAUCGCCAUGGCGGGCGCCGCGCUCACGGAGAUCAAGCGGCUCCACGUGGCGCGCGACGCCGCCGUGCCGGCCGGCGGCGUGGUGCCCAUGUCCGUGUUCUGGCUCAUCCCGCAGUUCUUCCUGGUGGGCGCCGGCGAGGCGUUCACGUACAUCGGCCAGCUCGACUUCUUCCUCCGCGAGUGCCCCAAGGGGAUGAAGACCAUGAGCACGGGGCUGUUCCUCAGCACGCUGUCGCUGGGGUUCUUCGUCAGCUCCGCGCUCGUCGCCGCCGUGCACAAGGUCACCGGCGACCGCCACCCAUGGAUCGCCGACGACCUCAACAAGGGCAGGCUCGACAACUUCUACUGGCUGCUCGCCGUCAUCUGCCUCGCCAACCUCUUGGUCUACCUCGUCGCCGCCAGGUGGUACAAGUACAAGGCCGGACGACCCGGCGCCGACGGCAGCGUCAACGGCGUCGAGAUGGCCGACGAGCCCAUGCUCCACUGAUGGAUGAUCGACGAGGCACGCGACGACGUACGUACCACCUAUACCAAAAGCAUGCAUAUCCGUCCGAUCGUCGAUCAAAUCCAACGGCUCUGAUUGAUUGCUCAGCGUGUUGUACCAUCGUAUCAUGUGUUACUCAGUCAGUAUACGAGUGUGUGUAUCUUCUCUAUCAAAGCGUAUAGCACGCGCCGAUAUGAUUUAGCGGCGCGUGCCUACGCGUGUAGUAUAAAAAUUAAUAACUUGGUUCUUAGAGUGGAGGGGGGAGGGAGGGGCGGAAAUGUAAAACCGCACAAGGAUGGUGGGGCCAGGGUGUCCGUGACAUAGUGUUACUGCAUUUUGUAUAUCGUCGUGGUGGGAAGAAAAAUCCUCCACUGCAAUCUUUAAAUCAUGCAAGAGAGGAGGAGAAAAUAGAGGAUGUCAUGUGUGCUGCUUUUGGUU